AUGAAGUUCACCCUCUCCUUCGUUGCCCAGCUGGCUCUGUGUGCCUCUGCCUUGGCCGCUCCAGCUCCUCAAGCCAGCAGCGCUCCUACUCCUCCAAACGCCAACAUUCCCGCCUCCACGACUGUUGAUCUAACCGGCCAGAAGGGCACGGAUGGCAAAUUCACCGUUGCGCCUGCUCCUGAGGACCAGACUUCCGAGGCCCUCCAGAAGCGAGUGGCACCUGUUGUGGUCGUAGCUGGUAUCGCCGCUGUCAAGGGCGCGGCUAUCCUCACUAAGAUCGCUGUUGAGAUCGGGGCCGAUACUAUUAAGGACCUCGGCAAAUGGAACCAGGCCCGUGAGGAAUUCUCCAAGAAGACCACGGCCGAGAUGUGGGCUCGCAACCCGGACUACCAGAAGUACCCGGCUGCCGUUUGCUACAACAAGGGAUACAAGCUGAAGGAUCCUGCCGGUACGACUGGGUUGGUGUCAGCGAAACUGACCCUGGGGCAGCUGAACACUGAUUACGACUGCAUGUAUAUGACUGCGAACAACCAGUUCUACACUCAGGGUGAGGGUGGCUUCAUCAACCUGAGCUACACCUACAGCAGCCGCUGCACCUUUGACAAGGGUACCGGUGAUCUGACCUGCGGUGCUUAG